ACUUUCCCUACUCGUAAUUUCUUUGUACUUUCGUUGUCCGGAUCGCUCUCUUACAUCUCUGCUUUCAUCUCUCUGGAUUCUCUUGCUUCAAACAUUUUAUAUACAUAUCAUAGUCUUGAUUGAAUAUAUAAAUAUAUGCUGCUUGAUGCACCAUAGGUCUUACUUAUACUAAUCGCGUUGAAGGUGCUUUAUCUACUUUCAUCAUGAUCCAAGGCUUUUGCCAGACAAAGGGAAGGAAGACAGUCGUUCCAGAGCCUACAAACUGUGACGAAGCAAGACAGGUGGAUCAAAACUCCACCAAGUGUGAACGCAUCCAGGGUUCUAGACGCGAUGCUGAGCAACGCUCGCGAAACUGGUGCCAUCCACCGCUGGAUCUCACCAGCCAUCAGACCCGAUUUCUGGUCAGACUAUUGACGACACUUAUGGCAACCUUGUUAAUCGACGAGACGGUUCUUGGUGUGUUGUUACCGGUGUGUGGGAUGGAGAUCACAGGGCUGUCAGGUGGCAAUCAGGGUUGGGUAACCUUGAGAGGAGCGCACAUCCUGAAACGGGUCGUCGGUGUUUUCAGUAUGGAACGGGCCCAUCCAGCGGCUGCAACGUGGAAUAUCAUUCGACAUUACUCAGGAAUGUCCGAAGAAAUUAUUCAAAAUAUGGAAAAGGCUUGUAGACGAUCCUUCCAACGGCAUGAUGCUCGAACCCAAUGUCCACACUGUUUUUAACAUGCUGAAAGUAUAUCUCGAACGGAUGGAGCGAGAAAACGAGUACGUAGUUAAGGAGGUUGACGGCGGGCUGUGGAUACACCCUCGCGAGCUCCUCGGUAGGACGAUCACCUUCCGGAAUCACGCUACCCCUACACGAGACUUGCCGUUACCUAACCCACAUUUC